GGAACUUCUACAGAACGAAAAAAUCCGGACAAUAAUACUUUCGUCCCUGCCCACAAUAUACACCCUAGCAUACACAUAUUCUGCCUUUGUGAUAGCAAUGAUGUUCACAUUUUCUAUGCCUGCUUAUUUAUCCAUAAUCGUCGGUCUUUGUCGUUCCCAGUCAACUACGAAUUACAGCCUACCAUUCACUAGGGGAUAUGGAUACUUUUGGACCGUUCCGCACAACUAUUUGUACCAUUUUCAUCUGCUCUUCGAGACGGGCAACAUAUCGAUCAUCGGCAUCGUGGCAUGCGGCUUGGAGAGCGCUUUUGGCUUUUAUAUCUAUCAGUUCGCUUCAAUAAUGCACGCCAUGACCUUUAGGCUCACAAAUCCUUUGCCCACCGAAAACUUCUCAGAUGUCCUAAAGUUAUGCGUGGCAAAGCAUCAGAAACUACUGCCAUGCCGCCAUACGUUGGAGCACAUCUACGGACCCAUUGUCUUUUGGCACAUUGUCACCAACGCCGUGCUUCUUUGCGCAUUGAUAUACGAUGCGAUGUCAAUUACGGACUUCAAUAUUUUCAACAUAGGCGCAUUUGUGACUUACGCUGCAAUAAAAUUUCUCCAAACGUUUACGUAUGCAUGGUAUGGCACACUCCUCACAAAUGCGAGCGAAGACUUUCGUAAAGGAAUAUAUUUUAGCGAAUGGCCUAAUUCUGAUCUGGAUCAUCACGUGAGAACAAAAAUCAUUAUAAUGAUGAUGCAAAAACCAAUGACGAUAAACGCAGUUUUCUCUCUCGUUGACAUGAACAUGUUCACUAAUUUUGUUAAUACUACAGUGUCCUAUUUCUUCCUGUUGCAAUCUAUCAGUGAUAAAGGCAAAUAAUGAUGAAUGCUACAUAUGUUUUGUAAACUUUGGCAAAACUUGUAAAAUUGUUACGUCAUUAAUAAAUUAUUUUAAUUU